AUGUCGAACACACCCCGACUGACGUCACGCAACCUCUUCGACGCCGUAUUCGCGACAAUCCCGGCCGACGUGACACUCUACACAGGGCCAGACACACUGCGGGAGAAGUGUGCGCUGCUGGCAAGCAGACGCGCCGCCGCUGCUGCUGCCGCCGCCGCCGCCGGGGAGGAGGAAAACGGCGGCAACGGCGAGGAGGAGGCCUCACUGGAGGAUGGAUUUCUCCUGCAGUCCGCCGACGCACCCAUGGGCGCGGGCGUCAUGGACGUGGGUGCGAUGAUGCGCCGUGCGGCCGAGGCGACGGAGACGCAGGCGGUGGCGUCGCCGCUCGGCGGCACCUCCCCGCGGCACGUUCUCGAUCUGAAGCUGGACGCCGACGAUGAGGCGGUGCGGGAGGCGACAAAGUACGCCGCCCUCCUCGCGGCGGCAGCGGAGGUGGAGGAGGAGGAGGCGACCAAGGAAACCGCGACGGCGGAGUACGGAGGCAGAGAGAGCGGGGCGGGGGCGGCGAGCAGCCAUGCGGCGUCGCGCGCAGGUCACCCUAGCCAGCGGCAAAAGCCGCAGCAUCGGGAGGCGGCGGACGCGUCUAGGCGCCAGGCCCUCACCGCGGAGGAGCAGGUGGCCAUCAUGCGCCCGGAGGAGGGGACCCGGCACGAGGGCCGCUGCGUGCUCUUCCGCCACAGCAGGGGCUUCGGCUUUAUUACUCCGGAACUGGGUGGCCCGGACGUCUACUUUACCCGCGACAGCGUCGAGUACUUCUUUACGCGUCGUGUCUUGCGGGCGUUUUACGGCGGCAGCCUUCCGGCAGUGCUGCGGCCGAGAGACGCCUCCCGACGGGGUGGCGGGGGCGACUGCAGGGCGAAUUGGGGCACGGCAGUCUCCGUACUGGGGCCCUCUUCGACCGUCGCAGGCGCCCCGGCCAGCCACAACGCGGCUUCGCAGGCCCCGGGGGAGCCUGUGAAGGUCACAGCAGAGCCCAAUGCAAAGGGCGACGCGGAGGCGGGGGACGCGAUCGCCACGCACGACGCGGAAAAAAAACCGAGCGACGCAAGCAACACGACCUCUGAGGUCAUUGACGACGUGGAGGCCAGGACCGAUAGUCUGGUGCAGCAGGCAGCCGCGCUCCUCACGCCAGAGAAGGCGCGGCUUUUGUUGCUGUUUCUACAAGUUGGGAAACCCAUUGUGUCGACGCCAGAAACCGUGACGUUCACGGCGCGGUGGAACCGUGCGGGGAGCCACGCGAAUCGCCGGUUGCGGGCAGACGACAUCCGCGGCCUGCCUGCUAACGGAUAUGCCUUGAUGGUGGAGCAGGCCUGGUUUGAGCGCCUCUUCCCGCGCGCCUCCGGCCGCCGCGCGGAAGGGCGGGGUCGCGGCACUGUAGCAGGCGGCAGCAACGAAUGCCUGGCGCGUCGUCGCGGGACGAUUCGCAUGUACGAUUCGGAUGAACUUCGCGGUGUUAUACGCCCCGACGAAGCCGAGGCGCAGGGUGUGCUGUUUUACAACGACGCGUUCCUCUGGGACCCAUCGAUGGAUCCGGCGCGCUGCCGACCUUCCGUGGGCCUUGUCGUGCGCUACUCCGUCGCCGGCCGCGAUCGUCACGGCAAGGAGCUCGCCGCACUAAUCACCGCCACCGACGACACCGCAAUUAGCGAGGCAAACGCGGAAUGGGCUACCGGCGGCGGUGCACAGGAUCACGAAGGAAGAGAGCAGGGCGGAGCGGGUACUGCGACUGGCGGCGGCGGCAGCUCUGGCGCUGGAGGCGGCGGUGGUACUCGCGAGGAGGAAACCGCAGGGCGAAAGCGUCGGCGGGACGAGGAGCUCUUACUGUUGGAGGAAGAUGACUAUGGCAUCAUGUGA